CUGAAUUUGGAGGACGACCUGGAGGUGACACUCGCGUUUGAGAACUCCAAUAUUCUUCAUACCGCAUCCCUGAAUGGGAAUAGUAACUACAUAUCCGAAGACAGAUGGAGAGAAUUGCUCACUAAAGUAACACUCGAUUCAAUGGCUGACGAGGAGAUGCAACCUUUUGCGGACGAGUCACUUUACACUAUAGACCUGUUGAAUACCUUGAUCGAGUGCGCGCACUGGAUCUCCCAGAUCCGCGCCAAUCCCCAGGAAAGUCGGGAUCUUAGAGACAUGGCCUCAAAAAGGUUACGAGCUCAUUCAACUAGGAUGGAAUCAAUGUGUUUAGAAGGCACUGCCAAGGCAUUCAAUAUGGGAUCUCUACGAGAAGUGCCAGAUGAGGAGUCCAUCACUGGCUUUAGGUUCGAGAGCACCACCGUCAAGUUUGCACAGGUCUAUGCCAGCAUGCUCAACUUCCAAAUCAUUCUCUGUCGGAUGGUUUACGAGCUUGAAGUCAUCGCCGGCAAUGCUGGAGAAGACGAAUAUGCGGCUUACAAGGUUGCUUGCACCCAACUGUGGAAUUUUGUCCCAUAUCUUUCAAGGGUAGACACCGUUGCAGCGCUUCACAUGAUCGGUGUCAUUUUGCCCUCGCUGGAGGCCGCGAAUGAAAUCGAACUGGAAUAUAUUGUGGACGAGUGCUACAAGGCGGAUAAAUAUUCCAAGCGGCUGCCGCAGGACCGAGAGACAUUCAUAGCGAAGUCGAUUCUGUUGGCAAAGUCUAGAACAGGUCGGCUGUGA